GGGUACGUUUUCUCAGCUUCUCGUUAUUAUUUUGAUUUUUACCGGCUAGCUCUUUGGGCCUUCAUAUCUGCAACUUUAUGUUUCCGAUUUCAAAUGAAGAGAGAGAAUUUUUUUUUUUCUGAAAUGGUUUAUUUGUUGUUUUGAUUUCGCAAAGGAAAAGCCAAGUAGAUUUUUUUUCUUUUUGCUACACUUUCUUAGCAACCAAAUAGGGAUUAGAUCUGUAUGCAAAUAUAUUCAUAUUAUUAAUUUGAACUUAUAUUCGUAUUGUUUUUGAAUCUCGUUUCUGUAAUAUCUUUUAUUGCCUUUCCGCUCAUAUUUUUAGGGCAUUGUUUGGUUAGAAUUUUGAAAAUAUUUACCUGCUUUUCGUAGAAAAAUUGCAUUUUUCAUUUUUAUUUUUUACAUUGCAUCCAAAAUUAAAUGGUGGGUUUAAUUGGGAAUUGUGUGAUUUUGAUCAGAUUCCCUUGAGCUCAUUAACCUAUUGAUUUUGAGCAUGCAGAGAAAAUAGUUGCAAUCUUCAUUUUUGUAUUUUCUGAGAAUUGUACUGAUGCAAAUGCAUUGUCCCAAUCAAGGUUCUGUUAGCAGGUGAUAACAUUGAAAAGCCAUAGCCUCUAGAAAUUGAAGAAAUUAUGUCAACAAGGACACUAUUCCAAUUUUGAGUUCCAGUUGCCUAUUUGAGAUGGGACUCAGAAUUUUGUGCUAUAUGUAGUUGGCUUGUUUUAGAAAGGAGCUUCAAUCUUAAGAUUAUGACAUAAACACCUAAUUUGACUUGAUUUGCAUUUUUCAAAUCAGUGACCAUGACUUCAUCGUAUCUCCCAGCAACUACUGAGUCAAUUGCUCAGGCUUUAGAAGCGAAAACCCCUUCUGAAGCCAUCUCUAUCCUUUACCGUGUUAUUGACAACCCUUCAUCUUCCUCUGAGUCCCUGCGGAUAAAAGAACAGGCAAUCACGAAUCUCUCUGAUCUUCUUAGGCAAGAGAGCCGGGCAGAGGAGCUUCGAAGUCUUCUGACCCAGUUGAGGCCCUUUUUCUCCUUGAUCCCAAAGGCAAAAACUGCAAAAAUUGUCCGUGGGAUAAUUGAUGCUGUAGCUAAAAUUCCAAACACAUCUGAUCUCCAGAUUUCUCUUUGCAAAGAAAUGGUGGCUUGGACACGGGCUGAGAAGCGAACUUUCCUGCGGCAACGAGUUGAGGCAAGACUUGCGGCUCUCUUGAUGGAAAGCAAGGAGUAUUCAGAAGCAUUAACACUGCUGUCUGGUUUAAUCAAGGAGGUCAGGAGACUGGAUGACAAGCUUCUUCUUGUGGACAUAGAUUUGUUGGAGAGCAAACUCCACUUUUCUCUGAGAAACCUCCCAAAAGCCAAGGCUGCCCUUACAGCGGCAAGAACAGCAGCCAAUGCUAUUUAUGUACCUCCUGCUCAACAGGGUACUAUAGAUUUGCAGAGUGGGAUUCUUCAUGCAGAAGAAAAAGAUUAUAAAACUGCUUAUAGCUAUUUCUUUGAAGCUUUUGAAGCUUUCAACGCUCUUGAAGAGCCUCGGGCAGUGUUUAGCCUCAAGUACAUGUUGCUGUGCAAGAUUAUGGUGAGCCAGGCUGAUGAUGUGGCUGGAAUAAUAUCAUCCAAAGCAGGCUUGCAAUAUGUUGGGCCAGAGUUAGAUGCCAUGAAAGCUGUCGCUGAUGCCCAUGCAAAACGCUCUCUGAAGCUUUUUGAGACAGCUUUGCGGAAUUACAAGGCACAGCUUGAGGAAGACCCGAUAGUCCACAGGCACCUCUCUUCCCUGUAUGACACCUUGCUGGAGCAGAAUCUGUGCAGGUUGAUUGAGCCUUUCUCAAGGGUUGAGAUUGCCCAUAUUGCUGAGCUGAUCGAGCUGCCUGUAGAUCAUGUGGAGAAAAAGUUGUCCCAGAUGAUCUUGGAUAAGAAAUUUGCCGGGACUUUAGAUCAGGGUGCUGGAUGCCUGAUAAUUUUCGAAGAUCCAAAGACAGAUGCCAUAUAUCCGGCAACAUUGGAAACCAUUUCCAACAUUGGCAAGGUCGUGGACAGCCUCUACGUGAGAUCUGCAAAGAUAAUGGCUUAAAGAUUCAUGUGGUGAGAGGCAGUUUUCUAGCUGCCACUUUCUUCUUUCCUUGUUGCUUUUUUGUUGUUUAUUUUUAUUUUGAGCAAUUUCUUUGGUUUCUCAUGUGGAAUGAAUGCUGGACACAUUGAGGCUCUGGGAUUUACUCAGAGUAUGGGUGUUGUUUGGGUUAGAUUUGUAGUGUGUUUCAGGGUAAUAGUUCAUCCCGGCUCGGCUCUGCCCCCCGAACAAUGGAAUGAUGCUUUCUACCAAA